GCCAGACCUUCCAGAACUUCCUCGCCUUCCAGUGCUACGUGCGCUUCUUCCACGCGCGCGGUCUGUCGGUGCGGCGCGGCGCCUGCUCCAACCAGCCGGUGCCGGACUACUGCAUGUUCUCGUUCGUGGUGUGGCGGCAGGUGUGCGGCGCCGACAACGUCACCUACAGCAGCCCCUGGGAGCUCAUGUGCAACGCCCAGCGCACGCGCGUCCCCAACCACGUGGAGUACGACGGGCCGUGCCGCCUGCGCUGCGCCAUGUCGCUGGUGUACGACCCCAUCUGCGGCUCAGACGGC